AUGUCGUAUAUAGACGUCCACGAUGAGGAUAAGAUCCGUGAUACACUCUAUGCUGAGGUCAAGCAAGUACUGCAAAGGCUUACAGGAGCGUCGAUCGUUCAUAUCUGGUCGCAUGUGGUCCGUGGAAAAUAUGCAGAUGGUAUCAAGCCGAAUGAAAAAGCUCACAUCGACACGGCAGAGAGCUGGCGUCAAGAUUUGUUUCGACAGUACUGUACAAAGCCCGAUUCAAACAUUGCGCCGUCGGCGAAAUAUGAGUUCUAUAACCUUUGGUUGCCGUUACUUCCGGUGAAGAAUUAUCCUUUAGCCUUUUGCGAACCGAGUUCCGUGGAUCCGGAUGAUAUACUUCCUGUGAUAUAUCACGGUAAUGACGUUCCCGGCCAGAACUGCUUAUUGCAACACAGCAAGUCCCAAAAGUGGUGUUAUAAAAGCAACCAACAGCCGUCUGAGGCUUGGAUCUUCUAUCAAGGGGCUGUCGCUAAUCUAGUAAUGGUUUUCGACAAAGGUGUCCCACAUGCCUCGUUCCGCUUAGAUGGAAGUGGUGCUCCACGACAGAGUAUUGAAUUCAAAGCCAUGGUCUUUUUUUGA